ACAUACUGAACCCUCUGGAAUCUUGAUGGAUCGAAUAAUAGAGCUUCUACUCCUUCCCUCCCCUACUUUCCACCUACCGAAUAUCUGUCUCUUCCCUGAUUCAUAUAAUUUUGCAGCUGCUUGCCCUGAGUCACCCAAUGGGUGUUUUUCUACCAUACUGAGUUCUAUGGAAUCAGCACUGCAAUCCUGUUGAACUUCCACUGCUCUGCAUUUCCCUGAGGGCAGGUGCUGUGCCAGCUCAAUGUUUAACUACUGUCUCACAAGCAGGAUAAGGGAAGGGAAAGUCAGGGCAGGAAAGAGACGUCACAGAGGAGGAGGAAGGUCCUGGAGAAAUCAGUCCUCUUUAAAAACCUUGCGCAGAGGGACAGUUGGCAACUGCUUAUAUGCUUUGCAGCACACACUCAACCUUCUUUACUUGGCAGCCAGGAUGCAGGAUGUGAGUGGAAUAUUGAAGGAGGGAUUCCUCGUUAAAAGGGGACAUAUUGUCCAUAACUGGAAAGCAAGAUGGUUUGUUCUGCUGCAGGACAAGCUGCUGUAUUAUAAACUUGAUGGAGGCAGGAAGGAGCCUUCUCCUAAGGGCAGGAUCAUUUUGGAUGGUUGCACUAUCACUUGCCCAUGCCUGGAGUAUGAGAACAGACCGCUGGUCAUUAAGCUGAAGACAAAAACCAACACAGAAUAUUUCCUUGAAUCUUGCUCCAGAGAAGAGCGGGAUUCUUGGGCUUUGGACAUUACUGGAGCCAUUCAUGCUGGCCACCCAGUGCAGGUUCAGCAGCUUCACAGAAUGAAAAAUUCCUUCAAACUUCCCUCAAACAUCAGCCUCAACCACAUAGUGGACAAAAUGCAUGAUAACAGUAAUGGAAUUAAAUUGACCCCCAACAUGGAACAAGGCAACACAUACAAAGAAAGCUUUACGGGUUCUGCACUGGUGGACUGGUUGAUCUCCAGUAAUUUUGUUGCCUCUCGAUAUGAAGCUAUGACAUUGGCCUCCAUGCUGAUGGAAGAAAACUUCACCAAGGCUGUUGGAGCCCGGAGCACUGAAGCCAUGCGCAAUGGUGAUCUGGCUGAGCAGUUCCUAGAUGACUCCACAGCAUUGUACACAUUUGCUGAAAGCUAUAAGAGGAAACUCAGCUCUAGGGAAGAACUGCACCCCCACAUCCUUGAAUUAAGUGGAACAAUUGUAAAACAAGGAUAUUUAGUAAAACAGGGACACAAGAGGAAAAACUGGAAGAUGAGACGUUUUGUUCUGAGGGCUGACCCUGCUUUCCUGCACUACUACGACCCAACAAAGGAAGAAAACAAACCAGUGGGUGGGUUUUCUCUCCGUGGCUGCCUUGUCUCAGCUCUGGAGGAUAAUGGAGUCCCAACUGGAGUGAAGGGGAAUGUGCAGGGCAACCUCUUCAAAAUCAUCACUAAAAAUGACAUUCAUUACUACAUCCAGGCCAGCUCCAAGGCAGAGCGAGCACAGUGGAUUGAGGCCAUCAAGCGGCUGACAUGAGCAAGAUAUGGACUCUGUACCCAAAUAGGGAUCAGGGUGAAUAAUUGAUAUUCAUGAAUAAGCUUGCUGCUGUCUUUGCUGGGAGUAUUGACUCUGGGAUGGCUGAUCAUGAGAUGGAAGAGCAAAUCUUUUCAUCCAGGUGUCCAGUCUACCUCUGGCAAAUCCAUAUCAUGCUUCACCCUAAAGCAGAAAAGCCUUACUGGUCCCCAUUUACUAUGAGACUUGUACAUUCCAGUAGCCCAUGUCUACUGCAGUCACUUGACUUAAUCAAGGACCGUGGGUUGGGCCAGAACUAGCACAAGCACGGGUUUCUUAGGCCAUUUCCCUUGACAAAACACCACAGAAUCUUUUACUUAAUUGCACUCUGAUUGCCUUGGGGAAUACCACACUGGAACAAACCAGCGAUACGUCCAUCCACCUACUCCAGGAUCCAGCCUCCUGCUGUGCUGGAAAAACUCAGGGUGCUGUAGGAACAUAGGAUUUGUCAGACCUGAUCAUACCCAUGGCCUGUUUCUGACAGUGGCCAAUGCUGUAACUAUUAGAUGAAGAAGAGAACCCCACAAUCCACCUGGGCAGCUGUGUAACAAUGCACAGUAAGGAGGAGCUUUCCUCCCUGAAUCCAUCUGGAGAUCAGUUUGAGUUGCACCAAAGGACUGAUAACUAAUCAUUUAAUCCUAGUUACUGUUGUUUCUACUUCAAACCAAUAAAUUUUGCACUUUUCUAGUAAACGUGAACCUUAAUCAUAUUAAAUCUAG